AUGCCAGUAUCAGACAAACCACUGCAAGAUCUUGCUAAUAUCCCCAGUGAUCGCAUCUUGCAGGUGAAGAUCAGUGCUGAAGAACGCCGUAGUGCAGAACAUCACUGCGAAGAGAUUAUUGCAUUGGGCUCAGUAGAGAGAGAGAAUCCAGAGACUGUUGUCCUGACCGUGCCAGAGACUGCUCCAUCAGUGACCACCACACAACCCGCUCCAUUGGCUGACAGUCCCAGGCGUUCUCUUCGGGUGCGCACUUGUAAAAAGAUUCCUAUUAGCAACCUACCAGACUCUGGUGAGCCACAGAGGAUGACAACACAACAGUCAUUGACAUCAAAUGGUGGUGGCUCUAGACAGUUGUGUAAUCUUAAGGUCUCUGACAGGAGGAAGAGUUAUAAGCGAGCAGUAGAUGAACUGUCUGAUGAUGACCUGCCAGAUGAUGAGCAAAUACUCUCUCCUCCACGGAAGAAGAGUCUCUCUCCACCUUGUCCUCCCUCCAAGGUUGUAAAGCCACUUCCUCCUCACAUGAAAACGUUCCUGCAUACGGUGCAGAAAAAUCAACUGUUAAUGAUGACUCCAGGAUCUAUCAGCAAAACUCUAAUGGUGAAAUCUUUUAUAAAGCGCAAUACGCCUCUGAAAGCAGACCCCAAGGUAUGUGAAAAGGAGCGUCAGCGCUUAGAAACCUUGCGCAAAAAAGAGGAAGCUGAACUUCAGCGAAAGCAAAAAAUCGAAGAGAGCAAGAAACGCAAGCAGGAGGAACUAAAACUGAGAAGGGAAGAACGUUUGCGCAAGGUUUUGCAGGCACGUGAGAGAGUGGAACAAUUAGAAGAGGAGAAAAAGAAGAAAAUAGAACAGAAAUUCGCACACAUAGAUGAGAAAAGUGAAAAAGUUCGGGAAGACCGUAUGGCUGAAGAAAAAGCCAAAAAGAAAAUCACAGCAAAAAAACAGGAGGAAAUAGAAAGCAGAAGGCGACAGGAAGAGGAAGCACGCAAACUUAAAGCAAAACAGCUGGAGGAUGAAGAGCGCCGGCACCAGGAGCUCCUCCAGAAGAAGCGGGAGGAGGAGGAGCAAGAAAGGCAAAGGAAGCUUGCAGAUGCAAAGAAAUUGGCUGAACGAGAACUGCAGGCUGCGGCUGAGAGAGAGCAAGAGCGUCUUCGAGCAGAACGAGAACGGGAACGAAUAGAGCGUGAAAAAGCACUUCAGCUGCAGAAAGAACUAGAAAGGGCGGCACAGCAGAAAGAGCAGCAGCGCAAAGAGGCUGAAGAACGCAAGAAGAGAGAGCAGCAGGAAAAGCUAGAACAGGAGAGGUUACGUAGAGAACUGGAGGCAAAGAGGCUCCAAGAACUAGAGGCUCAGAGGCUGCGUGAGGAGCAGGAGAGAAUCGCUAAGGAGAAAUCAGCCGCCAAUGCUCCAGUGCUAAACGUCACUGUAGAUAUGCAGAACUCUCCAUCCUGUGAAUCCUAUGAGAUGACUCCUAAAGGAUACAAACCCCACCCACCCAAAUUAAAUCCAGAUGAUUAUGGCAUGGACUUAAACAGUGAUGACUCCACAGAUGAUGAGAGCAAGCCUCGUAAGCCCAUCCCAGCUUGGGCGUCUGGAAGUGAGCUUGCCCAGACAAUGCAACAACAGUACUACCGCCCCAUAGAUGUCGACAAAAUAUUUGGCACAAUUGACAGCCCAAAACUGGAGGACUUGUUUUAUAAGAGAAAGCCCCGCUACUACAAGCGCACUAGUUCUGCUGUAUGGCACUCGCCACCACUAAACAGUAACAGGCCGCAUCUUGCUGUGGGCUACAGCCUGAAGAAAUUCUAA